AUAGGUUUACUUAAAUUUACUUCUGUAGUCCGGUUGGCUCUCCUUUAUCCAAUGUAGAACUGUCUUCAUGCGGGAACGUUUGUUUACAAGCGGGGGGAAUCUGCGCCAACGGCUCCGCUAGCUAAAUUUUAACACUACGUUUUCAAUUUAGAUAACGAUAUAGGCCGUCAGCCAUGGGGAAGUCGUUUGCAAAUUUCAUGUGCAAGAAAGAUUUUCAUCCUGCGUCGAAGUCAAACAUCAAAAAGGUAUGGAUUGCAGAGCAGAAACUGAGUUUCGAGAAGAAAAAGCAAGAAGAUCUAAUGCAGGCAUACCUGAAAGAGCAGGACACUUACAACAACAGGUUGUUGAUGGGAGAUGAUCGUGUUAAAAAUGGCCUCAAUUUCAUGUACGAGGCUCCACCCGGAGCAUCCAAAGAGGAAAAGAAAGAGGAUGGGGAAGAAGAGUACAAAUUUGAGUGGCAGAAGGUGGCUCCUCGUGAGAAGUAUGCAAAAGAUGACAUGAAUAUUAGGGAUCAGCCGUUUGGAAUCCAGGUGCGCAACGUGAGAUGCAUCAAAUGUCACAAAUGGGGCCAUGUGAACACAGACAGAGAGUGUCCUCUCUAUGGUCUGUCGGGUAUCAAUGCCAGCUCUGUGGCCUCAGAGGAGGCAGCAGGUCCGUCGAUGCACCCCUCAGAGUUAAUGGCGGAGAUGCGAAACAGUGGGUUUGCCCUGAAAAAAUGUGUCCUUGGUAGGAAUUCUACUGUUUGUGAUCCAUCGCAGGAAUAUGUUGCGAGCGAUGAAGAAGAAGAUCCUGAGGUGGAAUUUCUGAAGUCAUUAUCGACCAAGGAAAAACAGAAGCUCCUCAGAAAAUUAGAUCGCCAGGAGAAGAAGGCGGCCAAGAAAAAGAAGAGCAAAAAGCAGAAGAAGAAAAGCAAAAGAAAACACACAAAAAAGCAUGAAAGUAGUGGCAGCUCCAGUGACUCCUCUAGUAGCAGCAGCAGUGAUAGUGACUCAGAUUCAGACAGUCAUGGCAAGUUCAAGAGCCAAAAGAGAAAGAAGAACAAGAAAAAAGAUUCCUGUCGGGAUAACAGCUCCAAGAGCGAGCGUCGAGUCAAGAGUCAGAGAAAGGCCUCUUCUCACAGGAGCAGGUCACCGAGCCCUCACACAGGACAGAGGCGGCCUGAAGAGGAGCCCCGAGAUUAUAGACAAACACGGACAGAGAGGGGAAGGAGCAGGAGUCAAAAUCGCUGCCCGGAGAACAAGAUCAAGUCGGAGGGAGGUCAAGAGAGAAAGAGACACAACAGCAGGGACAGGCAGAGACCUAGCAGCUCCAAGUCUGGUUUGGACAGAAGUAGGAGCCGUGAGAGAGGCAGGGAAGACAGAGGUAAAGACAGGCGUCGCAGUGGAGAUGGUGAGAGGAACAGAAGUAGCACAGAUGGAAGAAAAGGCAGAACAGCAGAUGGGAGGAGCAGAAGCAGGGAAAGGGGGAAAGAAAGGGAGGGCAGAGGGAGAAGUAGGAGCAGGGAGAGAAGAGAGAGAAGUCAAGACAGAGGUAAAAGACAGCGCUGAUUUUUUUAAGACUUUCUUUGCUCUCGUACAGUAACUAUGAACAACAUGUGAAAAGGCUUUGAAUUUGUAAUUUUUUUUUUUGCCAUUACUGUUAAGUAGUUCUCUUGGUAAUCACACAGAGUUCCUCUAUUUAAAAUUCAAAUAGCAAAUAUUGUGUAUAUGUCUUCUUUUCUUCCAGUAGAGGGAAGCAGUGGACAGAAAAUCUCUAGAUGCAGCUCAUUGCACUCUUUGGUAGUCUUGUACUGUAUGAAAGGGUCUAAAUUAAUUGAUUACCAUUGGAGGCAAUUUGCAGCUAUGAUCUGUUGAUGGGAAAAUGUUGGACUCAUUUUCAUGGUCAGUUGGCUGCUACAAAGACUAUUUCUGUUGCUGCAAUUUUUUAUCUUCCUUUCGUUAUUGUGUCUUUUUGGGGAGAAAUAUCGACAUUGUAAGCUGUAAUGCUUAUCGGCUGUUGACGCCUGCAAAUUCACGACUUUUAUUCUCUGAUUAAAUGUUUAAUCCUCUCA